AGACAACAUUACCUCUUAUUCUCUAGAGGAUAAUAAGUUAUGGCAAAGACACUUGCUUACGCUGGUGCUACAGUUCGGUUUUACCAUCUGUGCCAUUUUAACGUCCCUCUCAAGGCACGAGCUUUGGUUGGCAACUCUCGUGUUAUUUGCUGGCGUGAUGGAAUUCCCAUUCCAGUACAAUUCAAAGGCGUGAAGAAAAACGGAGGGAUAUUACAAACUGCAGUUCUACUCCUUGGCAGUUUAAAGAGUGUAAUCAUUGGCCCUGCUCCAAAGGAAGAAGAACUAGAGGAGAAAAUCACACCUAUUUUUUAUCCUUGCCACGGUAGACGUUCUUGUCAUGCGCUUCAAAUAAUUGAGAUUGAGCUAAGCCUCUUGUAUGAGCUUCUUCACACCAAGUUGCCUGUGAUUGCUUCAACUAGUGGAUUUAUAUUCCGUAUGGCCAAUUUCAUUUGCAUCUUGGUAGCCUUGCUUUCAUUCUCAUUAGUUAAGAAGCACUACCAGUUGGGGCUGGUUGACGUCUUGCUAACCUAUGGGUUGCUGAUUGGCACCUUGGCAUUGGAUUUCUUGUCUAUCAUAUUAUUCAUCAAAUGCUCCGAUUGGUUUGCCGCUACUCGCCUCCAAGAUCAGCACGACUUGCCUAAUGCAUUUAUCAAUAGGCGCAGGUGGUGUAAAAAAGUUUCCCAGUUAAAUUUUUUAACGUAUCAUGUGAAAGAUUAUCCAGUUUGGUUGAAAAAGCUAGAUGAACACUGCAUGUGGAGCUUGUUGGAAUACAUAAACAUUCAUUUCCGAUUUCCGUAUUACCAAAAUUUCAGGGACCCACUCUGGCAAUUCAUUUGGACAGAAUUAUCGGAGAAAUAUGAUUGGCAUAAGAAGAAUAAGCAAGAAACUUGGUUGUCAGAAAGAGAAUUAAUAUGUCAUUUCAAGAAGGUUAUCAACGACGAGGAACGAGCCAAGUGCUUGAUCAAAAGGUUCAUUUACGAAUUUGAUAAUUUCUCACAAACCCUCCUAGUGUGGCAUAUAGGCACUGAAUUAUGCUUCCAAGACAAUAAUGACCAGUGGAGGCAUGAGUCUGGGAAAUCUGAUUACAGAUCAAUAUGCAAGCUACUUUCAGAUUAUAUGUUUUACCUUGCAGUAGGCGUGCAGCCCAGCAUGAUCGCCUCUGUAUUGGAUGAUUGGAAGAAGGAAUUUGGAAGUAUAUGUGAGCAGACUCGGCGAUUAGUACUCUGGAGUUUUUUCUUGAAUGAGAAGACUGCCUGCAAAAUGAUCUUCUUCGGGUUGAAGAAUGAAAUAAAGGAAAAUCCCCUAUUAUCUAAAGCAGUUGAUCUUGCCUGCUCGCUCAAGAACGAGAACGAGAAGCAGGGGGGUUAUGAUUAUUCGUGGGAGUUAAUGAGCAAAGUUUGGGUACAUUUAAUGUUCUUUGCCGCUGUUAGUUGCAGCUCAUAUGUCCAUGCACAGCAACCAAGUCAGGGUGGAGAACUUCUCACUUUCGUUUGGCUGUCGCUGAAUCAUUUGGGUCUUGGAAUGAAAUACAAAACGUCGAAAGAAUUGUUCAACCGUCCUCCUAUUCGGAAGAAGUCGCCGCCGCCGCCGCCGCCGCCGCCGGCGGAAGAUGAUUACUAUGGAUAAUUUAUGGGUUCUCGUUUGCCUAUCUAACUAUAUGCUUGCUGCAUUUUUUAAAAGUUUGGGGACUUUACCACGUAUCUUCAAUUUAGUGCUUUGCUGUAUUAUGUAAGUUGUUUUGCACUGAACUCAUGUAUUUACCAAUGUUUCUAAACUCGGAAAUUAUAUUGUGAUGUUUAAUGUUACAUUGAUUGUGUGUGUUUGAUAAAUUUUAAAAAGUAAA